AUGACCUUCAAUGACCUCCUGCAGCAGGUGGAGGGUGUGGGCCGCUUCCAGCGGAUCCAGGUCACUCUGGCCACUCUCCCCAUACUCCUGUUACUUUUGCACACUACUCUGCAGAAUUUCACCGCAGCCACCCCCACCUACCACUGCUGCCCACCUGCCAACGCCAACCUCAUCAAGGAACGGGGGCUGGAGGCCUGGCUGCCCCGGGACAGGCAGGGGCAGCCUGAGUCCUGCCUCCACUUCACCUCCCCACAGUGGGGACCACCCUCUGCCAAUGGCACAGAGGCCAACGUCACAGGGGCCACAGAGCCCUGCAUCGAUGGCUGGAUCUAUGAUAACAGCACCUUCCCUUCCACCAUCACGACUGAGUGGGACCUGGUGUGCACACACAAGACUUUGCCCCAGCUGAGUCAGUCCUUCUUCAUGGCAGGGGUGCUGGUCAGAAGCUUGGUUUUUGGGACCUUGGCAGACAGGCUGGGCCACUGGAGAAUGUUGAUCUGGGUCUACCUGCAGUUAGUGGUGUCAGGUUCCUGUGCUGCCUUCACACCCGACUUCCCAGCCUACUGUGCUUGCCGCUUCCUCUCGGGCAUGACUGUGAAUAGCAUCAGCUGCAACACCAUAACGCUGAAUCUGGAGUGGUUGCCCAUCCAUGCUUGACCAGGUCUGGGCCUCCUAAUUGGAUUUGUCACCAGCCUGGGCCAGUUCCUCCUGGCUGGUAUGGCUUAUGCCAUACCCCAGUGGCACCUCCUGCAGCUGCUGUUCUCUGUGCCUUUCUUUGUCUUCUUCAUCUACUCCAGCUGUGUGGGACCUGAGGGUGGGUUCUUCACUGAGUCUGCCGUCUGGUACGCUUGCUCUGGGAGACUGGACCUCACCCUGAAGGCCUUGAAGAGAGUGGCCCAGAUCAACGGGAAGCAGGAAGAAGGGGCCAAGCUGAGUAUGGAAGUGCUCCAAGCCAACCUGCAGAAGGACCUGGCCAUGAACCAAGCCCAGCCCUCAAUGUCGCAGUUGCUGCGCUGCCCUGCCAUUCGCCACCUCUCUCUCUGCCUCUUCUCACUGUGGUCCACAGCCCUCUUCAGCUUCUAUGGUGUGGUCAUGAGUUUGCAAACUUUAGGAAUGAAUAUCUACCUGAUCCAGAUACUCUUCACAGCUGUGAACGUGCCAUUGUAUUUCCUGACCUUUCUGUCCACCAAAUCACUGGGCCGCAGGCUUACCCAAAUGGGCUCAAUGCUGCUGUCAGGAAUCUGCAUUCUGGCCUGUGCAACAGUACCCCUGGGGGAGCACAUGCCCCAUCCUUGCUCCUAUCACUUAUUCCUCUGCAUUGCAAUGGCCGUGUUAGGAAAAGGCUGCAUUUCUGUCUCCUUGAACUGCAUCAUUAUAUACACAGAGGAGCUGUACCCCACAGUAAUGCGGCAGAGGGGUCUGAGCAUCAUGACAACCUUGGCCAACAUAGGAGGCACCCUGAGUCCACUGGUGGCCAUGACAGCUGAGCUCUACCCCUCCCUUCCUCUGUUUAUCUACAGCGCACUGCCUUUGGCUACCAGCACCAUCACUCUCCUCCUGCCAGAGACCCUGGGCCAGCCACUGCCCAACACAUUGCAGGACCUGGAGAACAGGUGGAAACAAAAAGUGAGGCAGAAGCAGAAAGAGCACCAGAUGGUCCCUCAGACCUCAGCACAAGAGAAGGAUGGACUCAGAGGAUUGAGAAGUGACCUUGUAAUGUCACAGGCUGAUGUUUGGUGCCAGCUCCCCUGA